UCUAAGGUGAACUCUCGAGUAAAACGGUUUAUUUUUUUAAUAAAAUAAAAAAAAAUUGGUGGAACUUUUAACAACAAAAAAUAAAAACAUUACGGGAGUUAAGAAAAAUUUUAAGAAAAAAAAAGUUAUAUAAAAUAUUACCAAAAAUAUAUUUAAAAAACAUCAACUAAGUAAAGAAAACUAAAAAGAUUUUUAAUUAAAAAUUAAUUUAAUAAAAAAGAAACAUACGUAAAAGUUUAAUAAAAUAAUUUGAAAAAUAUAUUAUUUUAAUUUAUAUUAAAAUAUAUAAUAAAUCACAAAGUAAAUUAAAAAAUUUAAUAAGUUAAUUGUUUUUUAAAAAAUAUCUUUAACAAAAUAACUCACAAUACAAUGGAAUACCGGUGCUCGAGUAGAUUAACAACCAAAAUUUUAGCAUUAUUUUGUAUUAUUAACUUAAAUGUCCACAUCGCCAGUGCCUCAUUAUGGAACAGUUAUGGCAGCAGUAGCAGCAGCAGUAGUGAUAGUAAAACAUUAAGUUUGGCCAGAUGUAGUGGCGGUAGAGGUUUAAAAUAUUUAUCCGGUGAUGCUUUAACAGACUCACCCGAUUGCUUGGGUCCCAAUAAUGCUCCCUAUCCAAGUGCGGCCGUGGCGCGAACAUUUACCAAUUGGAACGGAAGUUCACGACGUGGCCGUCAAAGUAAAUUGCCAUCAACAUUAGAUCCCGCCAUUACAACUAGCGCUCUAUUGAGGGCUUACAAUGAAGUUAAUAAUGAAGAUAUUGAUAAUCAUCGUUUUGGCCGCUCAUUGAAGCAAACACCACAAGUCGACCAGUGCAGAAGUACCCCAGCACGUUUGUGUAAGACACGCUACAAUACCACCGCACCCAUGUAUGGUGUCAGUUUGACAUCAGGCCAACCCGUUACCAUUGUACAAAAAUUCCCCGAUCUCUUGCAACAAGUUGUCUUUGAAGUGUGCGAAUCUUCUGAAUGUGAUGUGGUUAGAGGUGAAUGUACUCAAACUUAUGUGCCUUAUUUAUUUUUGGUUAUACCUCUGGGCCCUGUUACCUUAACGGGCCAGGAUUAUGUUUUGGUUGAAAGUGGUUGUGUUUGUAAACCUAAAUAUUCGACAGGAGCGACUCAAGAACCUAAUAUGAUACCAUAGUUUAAUUAAGUUUUUCAUGUAUGUAUAUGUAGUAUAAGGCGGGCAAAAAAACAACAUCAACAACAAAAUUGUUUUGAAAACAAUUACAAAUUAUAUUAUUAUUAUUAAAAAACAUAAAAUUUGAAAAAAAAAAAUCUUUAUAAUUUAAAUGUAAUUUUAAACGAAAACAUAAACUA